CCCUCCUCACUCUCACUCCCUACCCCUGUGUAGGUGCUCUGUGUGUGUUCGGAGUGUGUUUUCUCUUUUCUGUGGGACUCCUGAAUGGACUGAGUGCGCACUGACCCGCACUGCUGAGCCAAACGGGAAAAAACAGAGAAGGAAAGAAAGAAAGAAGGAAAAAGCGCGCAGACUGCCUGGCGGACUUGAGCUUGUUCUCUCACCCUGUUCUGUAGCCUCGGGUCUUGUUCUUGCACCCUGUCCUGUUGUCUUGAAGCUGCAGGCAGAUCAUGAUGUUCCUGCCGGGGAUGUAUGCGCUCAGCUUUGCGCUGCUGCUUGGUUGCGCUCAGUGCGCCCGCGAACAAAUCCCGACAGAAAAACUACUUGUCCUCACUGUCGCCACACAAGAGACUGAUGGCUUCCUCCGCUUCAUGCAGUCUGCAAAUUACUUCAAAUAUUCAGUGAAGGUUUUAGGGAUGGGUGAAGAAUGGAAGGGAGGAGACGUGGGACACUCAAUUGGUGGAGGACAGAAGGUCCGACUGCUCAAGGAAGCGAUGGAGGCUCUGGCUGACCAAGAAGACCUGGUAAUCCUCUUUGUGGACAGCUAUGACCUCAUCCUCGCCGGAGGGCAAGAGGAGAUCUUGAGGAAGUUCCAGCAGAUGAACCAUAAGGUGGUGUUUGCUGCAGAGAGUGUGAUCUGGCCUGAUGCACACUUGGCAGAGAAGUACCCGCACGUCCGCAGUGGAAAACGCUUCCUCAAUUCUGGAGGCUUUAUCGGCUACGCCCCGUACAUCACUAAGAUUGUGAAGCAGUGGCAGCUGCAUGACAACGAUGACGACCAGCUCUUUUACACGAAGAUCUACGUGGAUCCGCUGCAGAGGGAAAGUCUUAAUAUGACGCUGGACCACAAGUGCCAGAUAUUUCAGAAUCUAAAUGGAGCAGUGGAUGAAGUUCUGAUGAAGUUCGGGACAGAGCGAGUUCGGAUCAGAAACACCGUCCACGACAGUCUUCCCGUGGUCAUCCAUGGCAACAUAAACACCAAAAUUUAUUUUAACUACUUGGCUAAUUACAUCCCAAAUGCCUGGACCUACGAGCAAGGCUGUACCAUCUGUGACCAAGACAUGUUGGAUUUGUCUCAACUCGCAGAUUAUCCAAGAGUAAGGAUUGGAGUGUUUAUCGAGCAGCCGACGCCAUUCCUUCCAGAGUUCCUGCAGCGGCUCCUGACUCUGGAUUAUCCCAAAGAUAAACUGGAUGUCUUCUUCCAUAACACCGAGGUAUACCAUGAGAAGCACUUACAGGCGUUCUGGGAGGAGAACAAAAAUGUAUUCCAUAGUUUUAAGGUCGUUGGCCCUGAGGAGAUAUUGACCCAAGGAGAAGCAAGGAACCUGGGCAUGGACUUGUGUCGAAGAGAUCCUGAGUGUGACUACUAUUUCAGCAUCGAUGCUGAUGUCAUGCUCACAAACCGACAGACACUGAAGCUACUCAUAGAACAAAACAGAAAAAUGAUCGGCCCUCUUGUCACCCGUCACAGCAAACUGUGGUCCAACUUCUGGGGAGCUCUGAGCUUGGACGGCUAUUACGCCCGCUCUGAGGACUACAUCGACAUCGUGCAGGGAAAGCGAGUUGGCGUGUGGAACAUUCCAUACAUGGCCCAUGUUUACCUCAUCAAAGGCGAGACGUUAAGGAACGAGCUGAAGGAGAGGAACGUUUUCGUCCUGGCGAAGCUCGAUCCUGACAUGGUUUUGUGUAGAAACGCCAGGGAGUUGACAAUACACAGAGAAAAAGACUCUCCUUCUCCGGAAUCAUUCCAUAUGCUCAGAUCCCCAAAGGGAGUUUUCAUGUACAUUACAAACCGUCAUGAGUUUGGAAGGCUUAUUUCUACGGCCAACUACAACACGUCCCACUUGAACAAUGAUUUAUGGCAAAUAUUUGAGAACCCAGUGGACUGGAGGGAGAAGUAUAUCCAUCCCAACUACACCCAGAUCUUCACAGAGAACCGUUUGGAACAGCCAUGUCCAGAUGUGUUCUGGUUCCCUGUGAUGUCUGAGCGAGGCUGUGAUGAGCUGGUGGAAGAAAUGGAGAACUUCGGCACUUGGUCAGGUGGAAAACACGAGGAUAAGCGCAUCGCUGGAGGAUAUGAGAGCGUCCCCACUGAUGACAUCCACAUGAGACAGAUCGGCUAUGAAAAGGAGUGGCUGCACUUUAUCCGAGAGUUCAUCUCACCUGUCACGCUCAAGGUCUUCUCGGGAUAUUACACCAAGGGCUAUGCUCUCAUGAACUUUGUGGUGAAAUACACUCCUAACAGACAGGCCUAUUUGAAGCCUCAUCAUGACUCAUCCACCUUCACCAUCAACAUCGCGCUCAACCAUAAAGGCCUAGAUUUCGAGGGUGGAGGCUGCAGGUUCCACAGGUAUAACUGCUCGAUAGAGUCUCCAAGGAAAGGCUGGAGCUUCAUGCACCCAGGCAGACUAACGCAUCUUCACGAAGGACUUCCCACCACCAGCGGCACACGCUACAUCGCAGUGUCCUUCAUCGACCCUUAAUUUCGUUCUCCGAAUGGCGAGUUUUUAGAUUCUGCGUGUCUGAUUUGUUGACUUUUUGUUCUUAUUCUAGAAAAGUUUUUCAUUUGCGCCUUUUGUGUCUUUUACUGCUGUGCAAAGAACAAAAUGAGUUCAGUCACCAAAGAUGCACACAGAUUACAGACAUACACACACACACACACACACACACAGUUACAAUAAUUAGGAUAGUUUUUAUUUUUAUUUUUGCACACAGUAGUGCUUGGGAAAUAAUCCCUUUCUUCCCUUUCUUAAAAACCUAUCAGUUAAAACCUAAAUUUUUUUUUUUUUUUUUUAGGUUUUGUAAUUCUGUUCAUCAAAUUAUUCAGGAGAGAAAACACCUGCUGUCACUUUUAUUCAUCUCCAACUCAGAGAAAUAUAUUUUAUUUUAUUUUUACCUCUGCAAAUUAACAAGCAGAGAAAUGACAACCGGAUUUGAUUAGAAUUCCGGUUGAACUGAAGUUCAAAAGAUUUUUACUUGAAGUGCUAAGUUUUCUGGAUGCAGCAUGAGCUUAGUUUGAAUUAAGUUAUAUUCUUGGUUGAAAAUACACCAUUGGAAAAUGUUUGGUCUAGGACUAGGACUAGGCAGAGAACUGUAUGUACCCUGAAACUGGCCUAAAAUGCGAUACUGUAAAAACCCAAAGUCAAAAGAUGUCCAUCACGUCCUCACUUCCGGAAUUGAGCAUUGUGGAGAUGUCAGAUAUUUUACUUUCACUGAAAGUUGUUGCUUUUUGACUGAACGUUGAGCCUCAGCCGCAUCCAUCUGUUUUAACUUAUUUUGAAGAAAAAAAAAAAAAUGUUACAAAUGUAAUAAAUGAAGAUGUUUAAAAAAACAAAACAAAAAAAAAACAAAGCUGUUUCAUUUUUUAAUUGUCACUCGACGCUUCAUUUGUAGAAAACGAGGCAAAAAGAAUGCUGUGGUGUGAAAUGAGCCCUACUGAAACUACAGAAAUGUGCAGUCACACGCCUGAGCCUUCAGCCGAAUCAACUCAUAAACACACACACACACACACACACACCAAGAAAUUCCACACCUCACACUUUUGGAGAAUGAUCAAAUACGUAACAUGUAGGUCGAUCAGGCAAGUGCGUAAAUUCUGUUUAUACCACAGUGCAGGUGAAUUCUUCAAUCUGAUUGGUCAGAAGGUGUGUAUCAUUUUUCUAUACUUAAACGGUUUUGUUUUUUUUUUUGUUUUUUUAAAUAUCCCUUUAUCUGAACUUUGUUUUAGCUGUGUAUCAAAUGUUACAUCUUAACCAAAGCAUCAAAAACCAUCUUUUUAUAAAUGUCUAGCUUUUC